AUGCUCAAAAAGCGGAGAACGAAGCCCGCGGAGUUCGAAAAAAGGGCCGAGGACCGGGCAAAGACCCUUCUCUCUACUACAAUGGCGACCUCGCCUAUCGUGACUUCGUUAGAUUUGCCCCCCAAGCCUGUCGCAAAUGAAACCGUCGGCCAAGUCGUUGCCGUCCAUCCUUUCCUCUUCAGACCAUUGCUGCGCAUUCCCGUCCGCUGCUGCCCAAUGUCAGACGGCAACUACAGCGACAAGCCAUGCAUUCCAACGACUACCGUUCUCGACGCGUGUGCCAUUGUCACGGGAAAUUACAACGGCAAUGGCCAUCUCUUUCGCGACCGAGAAGGGCAAACACCCGUUCCAUCAUCUUUUCUUGAGCCAGGCCAAUACUUCUAUGUCGUCGACCACGAUCCUAGCUUGAAUUACCCGCUCUUCGCCUCCUUCGACGUCUGGGUUCCACCUCCUCGCUGUGAUGUACCCGACCAUUGGUUUUCUCCCCAAUGUCCGAAGGAGCAGAGUUUGCUGUUGCCAGACACCCGAUGGACCAACGUCGAUGCCUCCAGCCGAAGCGCUGUGAGUAGUGCCGCGAAGGGCCUGGACGGGCAGUGUCUACUUUCAGGGUAUUUGUGGCCCAUCGAAGGUGCCCACAUUAUCCCCAUGGAGAAUGCUCUUUGGUACACUGCUCGUCAAGUUUCAGACCAACUGCGUCACCCCGGUAGCUAUCCGACCAGGCUGAGUGGUGACAAUGUUGUACACGACAUUCGCAACUUUAUCACUUUAAGAGCUGAUAUCCACAGGAGGUGGGACAAGCACACAUUUUUCUUCAUUCCCUUCAAUGGAUCUUUCGUGUUGUAUUUCAUUGGGAAACUUGCCGACCUAUAUUCGACCCAGUAUCAUUUCAGAAAAGCCAGCUUUCCAGAACGUGUUGACCCUUACCUUCUCUUCAUCCGAUUUGCUAUGGCAGUCUUUUCCACCUUACGCGAGAAGGCUGUAAAUGAACUUCCUCACCCCAGGCAAACUGAGGUAACUUUGAAGGGUGUUGGCACCACCCGUCGCCGCCGUGCUGGGCCUUCAGCAGGUGGCCGGCUCCAAACCACCAUGGAGGAACCUGAUGAUGCAACUAUGGAGGAACAGGAAGAUGAUAUGGAGGAGGUCUUGUCAGGAGAGGGGGGUCAUGGGGAUGAUGUGUCAGAGUUAGCAGAGUUAGAGGAUGGCCCAAAGCUGCUUGUCAAGAUUUUCGAAGAGGAUGGCUUGGAGCUUCCCCCUGAUCUCGCUGCAGCUUUUAUCCCAAGGGAUGAGAAAAUUGAGGCUGCAAAGAUUGCUUGGUUCGAAGCCAACCCGCAAAUUCGUCAAUGCUCAGAGGCUACUACUGGUGUCGCAAGCGGGAUUCAUUUCGAGUAG